AUGCGGGAAACAAGAGAUGCCGUGCUGGCGGUCAAGCUCCAAAGCAUAAGCAAAUCAUCUCAAGAGGACAACGAAGUCCUGGUGCACAAUUUGUCCUCUAAGCAGCCGACGCCUCCACAAAUGAAAGUGCUGAGUCAUAAGGUUUGCUUCAACACCACAGACGCCGAUCCAGUCAAUCUCGUGGCCACGGUAGAGUCGAUUCUCAAACAAACCGGGGAAUCCGACGAAACAAAGCAGCUCAUUCGGCAGCAGGUAGCCUCCUUGGCGAUGUCACACAAACCGCGUGCAACUAUUACCAAGGCCGAACAGAGCGCUCUCAAGACACUGAGGUCUGACACCAGCAUCGUGAUUCUACCAGCAGACAAAGGGCAUUCCCCAGUUGUGAUGAAUAAGGCAGACUUCAUUCAGAAAGCCAAUGUCCUACUGGAGGACCGACAGGCGUACCUACCAUGUAACGAUGAACCGAUGAGGAGGCUGGUGACGCAACUGGACAAGACACUUGCCGAUAUGCAAACGAACAAGGCAAUAAGUAAAUCGGUACGACUGGCCAUUAAGCCAGUAGACGCCGCCGCACCACGCUUUUACGGACUUCCAAAGGUACACAAAGCCGGGGUCCCCCUCCGGCCAAUCGUAUCAUUGCGCGGCGCACCUACAUUCAAUUUGACCAAAUGGAUGUUCCGAAACCUGAGGUCUCUCACUUUGAACGCGGGCACGACGGUCUGUUCAGCGACUCAGUUCCUGGAGCGGAUCAAAUGGAUGAGACUUACCGAAAACGAGGUCAUGGUGUCAUUCGACGUCACCUUUUCGGUACAUACGCAAAAUGGACGAAAGGCCUAA